AUGGGCUACCACGGGAACGAGUGGCCUACAUGUGGCAGUUUUUCUAUUCGAGGGGGUCUAGAAAGCGUGAUUAAAGAAAUGGAGUCAUGGAAUUUAUCAGUAGCUUUAAAGGACUGGAUGUUUCAUGCGUUCUUCAUUGGUCUUCAACGUAAAAAUGGUACAGAAUUUUACACGUACCAGGUUCUUUGGAGUGUUCCAACUCCAGCAUAUCCUGAACCUCAAGUGACGGUCAGCGUGUUUUUUUACAUUGCAGCAAGCCCUGUUUACCCCUCUCAUUACCCCAUCGAUGUCUCGUAUGGUUACGAAGGAUAUCAAUUUUUACAUAAAUUGAACAUGAUCUUCAGGCCCAAAUUUUUGUACGAUAUCUUGGAUAUGAAAACGUUGAUGUUUAAAUCUUUCAAUUUCUGA